ACCAAGGGCCCUCCCCAUGUGUUAUUGAUCUACAUGAUGCCAAGCAAGCCCCAUAUCCAUUCUUUUCCAUUCCACACAGCCUAUCCAACUCUUUUGAGAGGUCUUAGACACUCCCACAAACCCCCCAUUCGAACUCCCCAAGAUAAGAGAGAAGGGAGAGCCACAUAUUCAAGAAGAACCAAGGAGAGAGCAAGCUGUCCGCAGGUAGUUUUUCCAGUGCGUAAGGUUACUUGUUUGCUCCAUAUCUCGAGUUAUACACAUCCAAAUAAGGCGUGCGAGAUACCCACAGAAAGCUAUCAAGACGAGGAAUCCGUGAAGGUCUGGUUUUCAUCAAUCGGAGUAGUGGAAAGCUUCCAAAUCGACCGAGCAAAACACGACCUCGCAGAAUACGUUUUUGUAUUCAAAGUUAGGGAACGAUCUCGUCGGGAAACACCCGUUCUAGGGGCUGUUUUUUUGUGUCUUCGGUUAGGAGUUGAACUAGCACUUUGAAGGGGCUGUUUAACACUCAAUUCCAAGCAGGGAAUCAGUUCUCAAUCUUCCUUGGCCGAGGUUUUGGUCAUUGGAUCGAGAAGGAAAGUUUUAAAGCUCAUUUGAGGUUGAGGCUAGAGCUUGCUUCCUGUGCUCGUUGCUCGAGAGAUCAUAUAGGAGGGAAGACUUGACGCCUUGUAUAAUAUGAAUGUGUUGGACUGCGGUUGACUAUUCGUAUUGUACGGCGGGUUGUUGACGUGUCCGGAUAGGUCCGGGGCGUGACAAUUAAGUUGGUAUCAGAGCCUUAGUCCAUAAACUUCAUAAUGAAGUCUCAAAAUUCUCUUUUCAAAAUGUUUUUUUUUUGAAAACCAUGAGCAAAAACGUUUUGUACUUAAGAACUUUUGGUGUUUGAGUUGCAAGGUCUCUAAUUGUUAAGAUGGCGCCCUUAACGAUUGGUAUGACGGUGACUUGGCCCAAGAGAUGUCUUAAGUGCCUAUCUGUCAGUUGACAUUUGAAACGGGUCUAAUGACUCAUUCUAAUUAUUUCUUUCAGCGAUGGUGGGUGAUGGUGGUAUUAUGAAUAGGGAGAACUCGGAAGGGCUUGCACCGGGUGGAACCGGGCAUGCCAACCGAGAAAAGCCCUUAGGACCAAAUGUGCAUGAAAUUCUUGAAGCUCAAAUCGUGAGUGGUGGUCAUCUUAAGACCAAGGAAAAAUCACAUUGUUAUGGCAAAACUGAACCACUCAAGGCUUCGGGUGACGAAGGAGAUGGUUUGAGUGAUGAGGACCUUGAUAAUGCACCCAUUGAACAAAUGGGCAUGGUCAUAAAUUGGCUUCAACGUGAACGUGCAAGGCUUAUACGAAAACGCCAAGCUAGGCAAGCUAAGGACGCACCAUUAGGAAGGAAAAGAAAACGGGGAGACCACGACCCCCAAGGACAUUCUAGGAGGACAAAUGUUGAGGGUGACAAAACCUUCGGGGCGCAGACACUAUCACUUGAGUGGAGUCGGGGCUCGGGUGGCCAGAACUCGAGGUCAAAGGGUCCGAGGGUACCUAGGUGCAACAAUUGCAAGAAACACCACUCGGGUAAGUGUCAGACCCUCCUAGGUGCUAUCAUUGCACAGAGGUCGGGCACACGAGAGUGAGCUGCCCACAAAUUGUGCAAAACCAAACUUCGGGGUCAAGUGGUGGAACUACAAGAAAUGAAAACCAAACCGAGGUUUCUCAAGGGAGCAGGGGACAUGGGGGAGCAAGCACGAGCAACGCGCCAUCCGUGAACCAAGGAAGGACCCAAGCUAGGGUCUAUGCGAUGACAGAGGCGGAUGCUCAAGCUAACCCGGAUUCCGUUGCAGGUUGAGGCUAGAGCUUGCUUCCUGUGCUCGUUGCUCGAGAGAUCAUAUAGGAGGGAAGACUUGACGCCUUGUAUAAUAUGAAUGUGUUGGACUGCGGUUGACUAUUCGUAUUGUACGGCGGGUUGUUGACGUGUCCGGAUAGGUCCGGGGCGUGACAAAGAAAACCCAAGAGGAAAGGAGGUGUGUUGGAGGAGUUGAAACCGCCGGAAACCGCCACUUGAAGGGAGCUGUUCGUAGCUGCAGACCACGAAAGCCGCCCAGCUUUCGUGAAAGCCGCCCGGCUUUUGGCUGCUGCCCAGAAAUUGUACUUCUAACCGGUUUAGAACGGGGAUUGGUCGGAGGGCUUAACAAAGGCAACUACUUCAGCACUUCAUAAGUUUCAGGUAGGGGCUAAAGCUUGCUAUCAUCGCCCGUUGCUUCGGGGAGCUCAAGGAGAGAAGACGUGGUUCGUGCUUCCUCCGUAUCUGUUUUCAAAACAAUAUUAUUAAAUGCUCAUGGAUAUUAUUUUCCGAAUAAUUAUUUGGGGCUUGUAUGCCCGUGUUUGCCACGUGUGGCUCGAUUGCUUGUAUUAAUGUUUCCGCUGCUUAGUUAAAUAUUUUACAUUAUGAUUGUUUAUGGAUGUACUAUUGUGAAUGGUAUUCAAGACGCC